AUGGAGGAGGAGGUGCUUCCUCAAUCUCGAUUGCCUCAGAAACAUCAACAUGGAAUCACUGGAAAAGAAGAUGAAGAAGUGAAUGAUUGUCCCAUUGAGGAAGUAAGGCUGACAGUGCCAAUCACAGAUGAUCCAACAGAAGCAGCCUUGACAUUCCGAACUUGGUUUCUGGGGCUGCUGUCUUUAUGCAUUCUUGCCUUUGUGAAUGACUUCUUUAGCUAUCGGGUUAAUCAACUCUAUGUCACUUCAGUUUCAGCCCAGAUUGUUGUUUUACCUCUAGGGAAGUUAAUGGCUGCAACCCUUCCUGACACCAAAAUUUCAGUCCCAUUCACCAAAUGGUCCUUCUCUUUGAAUCCGGGACCAUUUUCCAUGAAAGAACAUGUGUUGAUUACUAUACUUGCUAGCUGUGGAUCAGGUUCGGUUUAUGCAACACAUAUCAUCACAAUUGUUAAAGCCUUGUACCACAGAGGAAUGCACCCGUUUGCAGGCUUAUUGCUAUCACAAACUACUCAGUUACUUGGAUAUGGAUGGGCUGGUUUGUUCAGAAAAUACCUGGUUGAUUCCCCUUACAUGUGGUGGCCAUCGAAUCUUGUCCAAGUCUCCUUGUUCAGGGCAUUAAAUGAGAAAGAAACGAGACCCAAGAAAGGCGUUACCAGGCUACAGUUCUUCAUCAUUGUUUUCAUAUGUAGCUUCGCUUAUUAUAUUAUUCCUGGAUACCUUUUCCCAUCAAUAUCAGCCAUCUCUUUCAUUUGCUGGAUAUGGAAGGAUUCAAUUACUGCCCAGCAGAUUGGUUCAGGGUUACGUGGCUUUGGCAUAGGCUCCUUUGGUCUUGACUGGUCUACAGUUGCUUUCUUGGGGAGCCCUCUUCCCACACCCUUAUUUGCCAUUGUCAAUACCUUAGUCGGGUUUUUCUUGAUUUUCUAUAUCGUUGUUCCCAUUGCUUACUAUACGAAUGCGUUCCAAGCUAGACGAUUUCCUUUGCUCACUUCGUCCACUUACGAUGCUGCUGGAAAAAUCUACAACAUCACUAGAAUUCUCAACGACAAAACUUUCGAUAUCAACCUAGCUAGCUAUAAUGAAUAUAGCACACUCUAUAUGAGUGUUGUAUUUGCCAUGACUUACGGAUUGAGCUUUGCAACUCUAAUGGCCAGCCUUUCCCAUGUCGCCCUGUUUGAGGGAAAGACAAUCUGGACAAUGUGGAGAAAGACAAAAUCUGCAGUGAAGGAUAAAUUUAGUGAUGUGCACACAAGAUUGAUGAAGAAGAAUUAUGAUGAAGUACCGGAUUGGUGGUUUUAUAUUGUCUUAGUUUCAACUAUGGCUCUUUCCAUCUUCGUCUGUGAAGGGUUCGGCAAACAGCUGCAGCUCCCAUGGUGGGGGGUUCUGCUAGCAUGUGCCAUUGCACUGUUUUUCACCUUACCUGUUGGGAUAAUCCAAGCUACAACAAACAUGCAACCAGGCCUGAAUGUGAUCACAGAGCUGAUUAUCGGGUAUAUAUACCCUGGAAAGCCCCUUGCCAAUGUUUGUUUCAAGACCUAUGGUUACAUCAGUAUGGCUCAAGCUCUCACCUUCAUUCAGGACCUCAAAUUAGGCCAUUACAUGAAGAUCCCUCCCAAAUCAAUGUUCAUUGUUCAGUUAGUAGGAACAAUAGUUUCUUCAUUUUGCUACUUUGCAACAACAUGGUGGCUUCUGUCAACUGUAGAGAAUAUCUGUCUUCCGGAUUUGCUGCCAACGGGGAGUCCUUGGGUAUGUCCUGGAGACAAUGUGUUUUACAAUGCUUCAAUCAUAUGGGGAGUCAUAGGCCCGCUCAGGAUGUUCACAAGCCUUGGCAACUACCCUCAGUUGAACUGGUUCUUCCUCAUUGGCUUUCUUGCUCCUUUUCCUGUCUGGUUGUUGUCCCUCAAAUUCCCAGAGAACAAGUGGAUCAGGUUCAUUCACAUGCCGGUUAUCCUUGCGGGAGCAAUAGGUCUACCAUCUGCUAAACCUGUGCACUACAUCUGCUGGGGAGUGGUCGGAAUCUUCUUCAACUGGUAUAUUUACAAAAGGUACAAGGGAUGGUGGGCUAGACAUACAUAUGUCUUGUCGGCUGCCAUGGAUGCUGGGGUUGCCAUCAUGGGAGUUCUCAUAUUUUUCAUCCUACAAUCCUUAGACAAUACUAUUGGUCCAGAUUGGUGGGGUUUGGCAGCUACUGAUCAUUGUCCUUUGGCAAGUUGCCCUACAGCACCAGGGGUUGUAGCUAAAGGAUGUCCAGUUCUUUGA